GCCCUUCCCUCCAUUUCGCUACUAGAAACAGGCUGCAGACAGCAAGAACGGGCCUUAUGGUGGAGUUUUCUGGCCCUGCCCACUGGAAUAUUGACAGAUCUCUAACAAUACUGAACUGCUAGCCUUUAUUCCAUGUUUGGGUGUCAUCCUUUUCCAGUAGAGCAAGGUCAUCGUAGCAUAUGAAGAAAACUUCCUGACUCUCUUGACAUCCAGGUGUUACCUCUUCACUGUGUAUCUCUUCAUUGGCCCAACUUUCAAAUUUGACUUUGAUAUCAAUACAGUACCUGGAACAACCAGCACUACCUGGAUCAACUCUGAUAUCAGAAGCUAGAAGGUUCCCUAUCGUUAAGCACUAGAUAGAGUGACAUGGCUUAGUUUUACAUUUGAAUAUUCCUCAACUGGUCACGGGACUGACAACUAUAUGUAGAAUUUAUUCUAAGAUUCCCCCACGACCAGAUCCUAGAUAGAUAUUCUUUUCUACACACAGAGAUACAUACACACACACAAAACACACACUUAGCUGGCUUAAACUUUGGACCUCUCUCACCUACUCUGCAUGGAGUACUGCCAUCCCCAGCCACUAGGUCAUGACAUCCAACCACACAACUUCCCAAUUGCCAGCCUUUCUCCUGCUUGGGAUACCCUGGAGAGAAGAUAUCCACAAGUGGCUCUCUAUUCCUUUCUUCUUCCUCUACCUUGCAGCUGCUCUAGGCAAUGGUGCCAUACUUGUGGCAGUGGCCCGGAAUCCAUCACUCCGUGAACCCAUGCAUUGUUUCCUCUCCAUGCUUGCUGUCACUGACCUGGCAUUAUCAGGCACCACACUACCUACCACAUUAGGCUUGUUGUGGUUUGGUAUCAGUCAGGUGGCCUUUGAUGUUUGCUUGGCCCAAAUGUUUUUCAUCCAUGUUGCCUCAGUGGCAGAGUCAUCAGUGCUGCUAGCCAUGGCAGUAGACCGAUGGGCUGCCAUUGCCUGUCCACUGCGGUAUUCUGCUCUCUUGACUCACCGAGUGGUUGCAAAGGUAGGACUGGCUGUGUUGGUCCGUUCAGCCCUCACUUUGCUACCCUUGCCAUUCUUGCUACUCAGGUUGACUUAUAAUGAGCAACGGAGGCUUACCCACUCUUUCUGCUUCCAUCCAGAUAUCAUGAAGCUGGCACGUAAUGAAACUGAAGUCAACGUUCAUUAUGGUCUCUUUGUUAUCUUGUCUACAGCUGGUAUUGACUCAAUCCUCAUUAUUCUCUCCUAUAUGCCUAUAGCAAAGGUGAUUCUGGGCUUAGGGUCAUGGGAAGAGAGGGUGAGAGCAGCAAGGACCUGUGUGAGCCAUGUGGCUGCUGUCCUAGUGUUUUUUGUGCCCAUGAUUGGACUUUCAGUCAUGCAUCGUUUUGGGAGUCAUGGUCCACUGCCUCUGGCUUUGGUGGCCUACACCUACCUCCUGGUGCCACCUGCUCUCAACCCUGUCAUCUAUAGUAUCAAGUUUCAAUGCAUCUGGAAGACUCUGCUCAGGCUCUGCUUCUACCAGCCUAGAGCCCCAAGGUGGGCAGCAUCUCCACCUCCCACCCAUGCUGGACAUAAAUCUCUCCCAAUUGCAUGCUCCAAGAGAUACUCUGUUCAGAUAAUUCAAAUGGAGUCCUCACAAUUGGAGAAUUCCCAGUCUGAUGAAAGAGGCAUCAGACUAGUCUUUGGGGAUGAUCAAGUAUGAUGGAGGCAUAUAUGACAUAGAAUGAAGAAUAACAAAAAAGAAAAAAUGCAAUUAAUUCCAACACUAAAGAAAGUGGUCUCAAGCUAUCAAAACAAAUACUAGGGAUUUGGUAGGUGAUAAUAAAAGAGGAAUGAGUGGAGUAUCUAGAGUUAGAUUUGCUCAAUAAAGCUGGAAAGGUUUGCUACAGUAGAUAAAUUUAAAAACAAAAAUGAGAAGAGUAUAGUAGUAAGGAUGCCAGAUAUGGAAUCAGAAGUAGUGGUUGUCAUUUUUAAGAUUAUGUGUAAUCACUUAACCUCUUAGGUCUCCAGUUUCUUUAUCUGUUAAGUGGGAAUUAAUUAAAUCUAACCUGCACAUUUUUAAAGGCUGCUCCAAAGAACAAGUAAGAUAAUGUAUGUGAAAACACUGAAAACUGUAGAGCAUUAGGAAAACAUGAGAAGUUAUGGAAACCGAGCCUUAAAGAGAAGACCAGUUGUUUGCCUAUGAUUUCUUUCUACAUCAGGAUUGCUGAUGGGAAGUCCCUGGACGCUGCUAAUCCUUAUAGCUUACCCACAAGCAUCAAGAAGUUCAAUGUUCCUGUCCCUUUGGUCCAAAUUUCAAAGCUCUAUUAUAUUCUGAGAUCUAUCUACACUUCAACCUCUGCCAGUAUUGCCUCUACUUCUAACCUCUGCCCUCGUACUGGCUCUUCCUUCCACACACCUGAGCUAGCCUAAGAUUUUACAGAGUUUAUUACAGCAGAAGACUUCCAUAAAAUAAUAUCUAACACACAAGAAAUUACAGUCUAUACGUUAUCUGGCCUGUGAGAUCACAACCUGGCAUGAAACCUACAAGUUCUAAGCUAUUACCAGUAGAAUUUAAAUUUCUUGAAGCCAAAGAAUACACUGGUUUGUCUUAUCUACAGGACAAUGAAAAUGGAGAGCUGAGACGAAAGCCAUUGUGGCCCAAAAUGGUGGACAAACUGGUGAGAAAGUUGCCCUCCAAGUUUUGCUCCCAGUCUCAUCCUGUUCUCAGUAUGAGAAGAAGAGACACAGGGAGAGAUCUGGACUUCUUUCUCUCUGGUCUGUUAGUCAAAAGUAGCCAUUGCUUCCAUUUUGCUGUUGUUGUCAUUGGUAUUGUUUGCUUUUUAACUUCCUGACUAUACUUCUUUGCACUCACCUCUUUUCAUGAGUUCAAAAAGAGAAAAGUUGGAAAACUGCCUAAA